UCUCCUACCCCCACCGAGGGCUGUCGCGUUUGACGACUCCCUCCCCCCGCUCCGCCGCAAUUUCUCUUAUCAACGAGCAAGCCAGCCAAGAUGGAUAUUGUGAAUCAGUUGGUCGCGGGCGGACAGUUCAGAGUCCUCAAAGUUCCCCUUGGCUUUAUCAAAGCUCUAGAAUGGAUCUUUGCCAUCUUUGCGUUCUCAACAUGUGGGAGUUACUCCGGGAUGUUCAAGAUGAGUGUGGAGUGUAAAAACAGGACCGAGAGCGACCUGAGUAUAGAAGUGGAAUUCAAGUAUCCUUUCAGGCUUCACCAAGAAUACUUCGACGCCCCGACCUGUAAGGGGGGUCCCCCCGAGCGUCUCUUCCUGGUUGGUGACUACUCUUCCUCAGCAGAGUUCUUCGUCACCAUCGGUGUGUUCGCCUUCCUCUACUCCAUGGCUGCCCUCAGCGUUUACGUCUUCGCCCUGGAGAAGUACCGGGAGAACAACAAGGGACCACUCAUCGACUUUGGCGUGACCUGUGUGUUCACCUUCAUGUGGUUGGUCAGCUCAGCUGCGUGGGCGAAGGGCCUGUCGGAUGUCAAGGCGUCCACGGACCCUGAGAAGGUGGUGGAUCUGAUCUCAGCCUGCGAUGAGGAAGGUAACCUCUGUCGUGAGGUUCAUGACCCUGUCAUGUCCGGACUCAACACCUCUGUCUGUUUUGGCUUCAUGAACCUGGUCUUGUGGGGAGGAAACCUGUGGUUCGUCUUUAAGGAGACCGGCAUCAUCGCCCCCUUCAUGCGAGCCCCUCCUCCCCAGGAGAAGCAGCCCGCCCCAGACUCCUACGGCCAGCAGGCGGGGUACGAGCAGGGGGGCUACCAGCCAGAAUACAACCAGCAGCAGGGUUACAACCAGGAGGGCGGAGAGUACGGACAGGCCCCCACCUCCUUCUCCAAUCAGAUGUGAGGAGGAGGAGGAAAGAGGAAGUGUGGAGGCAGCUGGCGGCUGAGAGUGUGGUGCCUGGAAACUACAGUACCCACAAUGCCACACUCCUUCCUGUGUGUGUCUGUUUGCGCAUCUGUCUGUGUGCUGAGUAAAUGGGAGAGGGGGAAGGGUUAUCUAAACACAAGGGAAGGGAACAGGGAGGGGGAGGGACUAGAUGUUAGUUAUUGUGGUGUCUAACUGAAAAAAAUAGAGUACAUGAAGAAAAACUUGAACACAGUACCAAAAUAUGGAAAAGAUUAUUAUAAAAAAUGAAUCUAUUUAAAAAUGGAUUACAAUGUUAACAAUAGUAAUAUUACAUGUAUUUGUCUGUGCUGUAUAGAUAUCACUAUGAACAAUUAUAUAGACAAAUAUUUCGUAAUGUUAUGUAUAGAACUAUUCUAAUGUUCGGAUUCUGAGUUUAGUAAAUAAAUAAUUGUAAA